AUGCCGCUAAAGCGUAAGUCCAAUAUAUCACAAAGCCCCAAUAAAGCCAGAGCUAAGAAAAUAGCUCGACAUAACGAGACGUCCCAACAAGCCGAACUGAGAAGGCUGGGGCAGGCGGUGCGCCAAGCGGCACACAGAGCUAUCGAGACAUCAGAACAGUCCCAAGAUCGAAGCCGACCACACGCUGCUUAUCUGGCACAAAUGAGAUCCGUGGAAGAGAUCCUGAGGCGCAACCUGUUGGCGCGCAGCAAAUUGGCGCGAAUCGGUCGAAACAAAAAUGGCGUCACCCGCUACACCUGCAUCGAGUGUUCCGCCGAAUAUGAUGACAAGGAGAAAAUGGAGCUGCACCUUUGCACGCACACAAACGAGUACAGAUAUCUGUGCAGCAUGUGUGGAACGGGACUGAAGCGCAAGGAGCAUUUGGAGCGGCACACCCAAGAGCACAUGGAGGUGAGACCGCACAUCUGCCCCGUCUGCGAAAAGGCCUUCAAACGAAAGGAGCAUCUCAACAUUCACCUCUCCAUACACAAAGGCGAUAAAACGCUCGAGUGCGGCGUCUGCGAAAAGACGUUCUACCGCAAGGACCACCUGCAGAAGCACAUGCACACACACAACAAGCACUUCCUCGGCCAGGUGUUGCAACAGCUCGAGGAGAGCGACACGGUCACCAUCAAACAGGAGCUGGAGGACGAGGAGUACCUCAAUCCGAUCAUCACCAGCGUCACCGGGAGCGUCGGCGAUACGGAGAUCAAGAUGGAGAUGACGGGGAAUUCCCCGGAGUACGCCGAUACGGACCUGGGUGACGGCGUGGUCACGGACAUGGUCUACCGCAAGAUGCGGCCGCACGUGUGCCCCGUCUGCAACAAGCGAUACAAGCGCAGGGACCACCUCAAGGUGCACAGCCUGACGCACUUGAAGAAGAACAAGGUCUGCUCCGAGUGCGGGAAAGCCUUUCACACGGACGAACAACUGCUGACGCACAUAAACCUUGUGCACAUGAAGGCCUACUCUAUGGAGGGGGACCAAGAUGGCAUUUCCAGACUGAAGAUCAUGCUCGGCGAUCGAGUCGACGUGCAGAUGUUGUCGGAUGGCACGGACCUGCUGGUCCCGCGCACCAGGCAGCCGGACGACCGGCCGCACGUGUGCCGCAUAUGCAACAGGAAGUUCAAGCGGAAGCAGCACCUCAAGGUCCACGGCAACGUGCACACGCGGCUCUCGCAGCCGACGAUAUGGUGCUCGCUCUGCAACGAAGGGUUUUAUUCCAACGACCAGUUCGAACAGCACAAGUGCACGCCCUGGGAGAGCAAUUCCGUCGAGUUGAAUGACCUGUCUAGGGGUGCACCAGUCGAAGCCAAGAAGGAGAACAUAUGCUCACAGGACUACGUCGAGGUGAUAGAGGACCCGAGCGUGUCCGGCUCGGAGGACCAACAAGUCGAAGGCCACAAGGCGCGGAGGAGUCGCGAGUCCAAACACGGCAGGGACUCGUCGGACAAUUCCGAGGGCUACCACGAGACGGAGCUGCCCGUCCCCCGCAGGGUUUACGUAUGCAAGUACUGCACCAAGCCCUUCAGACGGAAGGACCACUUCAAGAUACACCUGCACAUACACACGGGGGUCAAAUCCUUCUUCUGUCCGGAUUGCGGGAAAGGUUUCUACCGCAAAGACCAUUUGCAGAAACACAGCUUAGUCCACAACAAAGUGAAGCACCGCUCGAGACGCGAGCUGCCCGAUCUCUUCCCCAUCAGCAUGCUGCCGAAGGAGGUGGUUCCGGAAAUCACCAUACACGCGCCUUCGAACACGAAACUCCGAGUGCCGCUGCAGAUCAAGGUGCCCUACCAAAUGGUCGUGUCGAUGGAGAACGGCGAACAGCGGGCGGUGACCAUCGACCCACAAGCGCCCUCUAGGAGGCAC